AUGUCCGACAGCCAUGGCGAAGCCGGCUCUGAGGUCUCGCUGCCCAGCACUGCGGCGACCAACGAGCAGCUCUACGAUUACAACCAAUGCAUCGCCGCCCUCGAGGGAAGAAGCGUCCCAGUUGAUCUCACCUCGGCCACUGCACGCUGUGCAGUGAUCCGAGGACUGCGCUGCUCCUACGACUUCGCAGUAAGCCGAGACAUAGUCGAUCUGUGCGCUUCACUGCGAUUUCCGAAAUUUGUUCGAGCACGCAACGCCCGGCUUAUCAUGAGCAACGUCGUUCCUGAUGGUCUUGAACUCCCCGAGACCCAGCCAUACUGUAUCUGGAACCCCGAUUUUGCCACUGAGCAGACCUAUCGCCAGCUUGCGCAACGGUACCCCUCGAUGCGCUAUCAGGUCGGUCGUGCUUGUGCCGCCGCUGGGUAUUUCACUCUGUAUACGGAGCUUGAUCUCCUUCCCGAUGUCUCUAUUGCCGAAGAGGCUCGGGAGGGGAAUACAGAAGGGGGCGAUCAAAUCUACCAGUCGAUCAUGUCUUCACCACUGAAAUAUGCCGUGAUGGAUGAUUAUGCACGCUCAAUUAACGCGGAUAGCCCACCGCAUCCCGCCUUCCUCAAUGCCGAAACACAUGUUCGCUGGAAGUUAGAGUGGCGGUUCACGCCCGCAGAGGAUGCCACUGAGGACUUUGGGCCUGAGGAGAUCGAUAUUGAAGAGGACCGGUACAUGGGUCUCGAAGUGAACGAGCCAGAUGAAUCUCGCUACGAUGAACUGAGUCCGCAAGAGGCGACGCUCCUCUGGCAGCCUCUGCCUCUCGAUCUACCAACGAUGAAAAAGGAUCUGCUACGUCAAAUGGCUGCCUUUGAAGGAAGCGUGGACCGAUAUGACAGGCUGAUUAACCGCCGAUCUCGGGAAGAAAUCGACUCACGCGAGAUCAUCUGCGUCGUGCGUGGCAUAUAUCACCACACAAUGUUCGCGCGGUGGUGGCAGCACCAGAUCGACACGGGCGCUUUCAAAGACCGAAUGACAAAGAAUGAGCAGGACGAGAUCCAAACCGCCAUUAAUGCGCGCCGCGUCAUGAUCAACGAGAUUGGAACGUUCACCGACGACACCCCAUGCAAGCCGUGGCUGAUCUGGUACCCCCUCAAACCGGAAUCCGUAGCACUGUGUAGACUUGCUACGCGAUGCCCUUCCAUGCAUGGGCAGAUUGCCAUCGCCGCCAUAUACUGCGACUACAAAGGUUUAUAUGAAUGGCUCAGGAUCCGACCCAGCAUUGGCCUCAUGGAGGCCGCCGAGAAAGUCGGCAAUCCCUUCUACAAACAAGAUCUUGAAAGACGCGCAGCAGAGCUCGAUAUUACCGACCUCUGGCAAGAAGGCCCCUGGAUGGAACCGUUCGACGAGAAGCAUGGAACGGUAGGCCCUGACUUGGAGCCCACGGGCCGUGGAAUCUGGACGCGCCUCCGCUCGGAACUCAUGGACCCGCUAUGUGGAGGAUACUAUCGGAACAACUUUGCAUACGGGGGUUAUUUUGAGAGAUAUGUCUGGCUCUCGUUUGAAACGAUUCGGAAGAUGGAGGUCGCAGGCUACAUUGGGGGGGAGGAUAUCCAGCCAACUGAAAAUGACACACACUCGGUAAAUCCACGAAGGCUUAACAUGGAAUAG